UAUUGAUCAAUAUCUAUUGAUUAGGCAUUAGGGUUUCGUAAAAAAGACUGGAAAUUUUGGGUUUGGUUUUUCUCUGCUACUUCUACCUUGUUUAAUUCUUACAAGUCGCUUUCCACGGUAUCUUUCUAUCGUGCAUCAGGCGCACGUUAGAUCUUUAAAUUCUCUUUGUAAACCGCAUUUUAACUUGGAGAUGAAGAAAGAAGAGAUCCCAAAUAAACUCAGUGUGAACCCUAGCUUUUAAGCCUCGGAUCGCUCUAGGUCCUUUGAGUUUUAGUUUGAUUUCUUCAUCUGAUAGUUCAGUAUUGUUCCUGCAGGAUGACUCAGGAUGUGGAGAUGAAGGAGCUUCCAGCUCCUUCGAAUUCUGUUUCUUCUACCGCCCCCUCAACUUUGCAGCAUUUGAAGGAGAUAGCAUCCCUUAUCGAGACAGGUGCAUAUGCCAGAGAGGUUCGGCGAAUCGUGAGAGCGGUUCGUCUAACAAUUGCAUUGAGACGGAAGCUUAAGGCACCGGUGUUAUCUGCUUUCCUCAAUUUUGCUCUUGCCCCAGGUUCUGAAGCUCACAUCCGGUUGUCUUCGUACCUUCCUAAGGAAGAUGAACAUGACAUGGAAGUUGAUACUGCCACUUCUGCAACUCAAGCUCCUGUCAAGCACUCCUUACCAGAGAUUGAGAUUUAUUGUUACCUGCUUGUGUUAAUAUUUCUGAUUGAUCAAAAGAGAUAUAAUGAGGCAAAAAUUUGUUCUUCUGCAAGCAUUGCUCGCCUGAAGAACUUGAAUAGAAGAACUGUUGAUGUUCUCGCAUCCAGACUGUACUUUUAUUACUCCUUCAGUUAUGAACUUACAGGUGAUCUUGCUGAAAUUCGAGGCAAUCUCCUUGCCUUGCACCGGAUAGCCACACUGCGCCAUGAUGAACUGGGUCAGGAAACACUUCUGAACCUGUUACUUCGCAACUACCUGCAUUACAACUUGUAUGAUCAAGCAGAGAAGCUGAGGUCAAAGGCACCACGCUUUGAGGCACACUCAAAUCAGCAGUUUUGUCGUUAUCUCUUCUACCUGGGAAAGAUCAGGACAAUUCAGUUGGAAUAUACAGAUGCAAAGGAGAGUCUCCUACAGGCUGCCAGAAAAGCCCCUGUUGCAGCUCGUGGUUUCCGAGUUCAAUGCAACAAGUGGGCUGUCAUUGUUCGAUUACUACUUGGGGAAAUUCCUGAGCGAACUGUGUUUAUGCAGAAAGGCAUGAAGAAGGCCUUGAGGCCAUACUUUGAGCUAACAAACGCUGUUCGCAUUGGGGAUUUGGAAUUGUUCAGGACUGUUGCUGAGAAGUUUGCAAAUACAUUUAGUACAGACCGGACCCACAAUUUAAUUGUGAGGCUGCGACAUAAUGUUAUAAGGACUGGUCUGCGCAACAUCAGCAUUUCUUAUUCUCGUAUCUCACUGGCAGAUGUUGCCAAAAAAUUGAGGUUGGACACGGCAAAUCCCGUUGCUGAUGCGGAGAGUAUUGUGGCUAAGGCAAUUCGAGAUGGUGCAAUUGAUGCCACUGUGGAUCAUGCAAAUGGGUGGAUGGUAUCAAAGGAAACUGGUGAUGUUUACGCUACAAAUGAGCCCCAGCUUGCAUUCAAUUCAAGGAUAGCCUUCUGCCUUAACAUGCAUAAUGAGGCAGUGCGUGCAUUAAGGUUCCCACCCAAUUCCCACAAAAAGGAGAAAGAAAGUGCUGAGAAGAGGCGAGAGAGGCAACAACAGGAGCAAGAGCUUGCCAAGCAUAUUGCUGAGGAAGAUGAUGAUGAUUUUUGAAUUCAUUCUUACUUCGUCAACGUCUUUUGGUAACACUUUGUAUUUGUUUCAUCAAAAUAUCGUUGUGGGAUGUUUUUGUUUUCUUUUUUUGAUUUUGUUGUUUUCAAAGAUUUGGUUUCAACAUUGGAAAUUCAGCCACUAUACUUGCACCAUUCUAGAUGCCUCCCCAACCCCCAAAAAACCCCAAAACUUUUGAACAUGAGUUUGCUUUGGUAAUUUGAUGUACGAGUGACGGCUUUCACAUA